CACACACACUGACACACACACACACACUGACACACACACACACAAGUAAAUAUACAUAACUUGAUAGAUAAAUUGAGAGAUACAGACUUAGAUAAAUAGAUGUGCGUUAUAACAGAUGGACAGACAGACAGAUAGAUAGAUAGAUAGAGUGAGAGAGAGAGAUAAAGAGAAGGGGAGAAAUAGACACAUAGUGAGAUAGAUAGAUACAUAGAUAGGUAGAUAGAUAGAUAGAUAGAUAGAUAGAUAGAUAGAUAGAUAGAUACAUAGAUAGAUAAAUAGAUAGAUAGAUAGAUAAAUAGAUCGAUAGGCAGAUAGACAGACAGAUCGACAGACAGCUAGAUAGAUAAAUAGAUAGACAGACAGACAGACAGAUAGGUAGAAAGACAGGUCAACAGAUAGAUAGAUAGACAGAAAGAGAGCCGACACGCACAUAUAUAUGCAUAUAUAGAAAGAGACAAACUGACAGAUAGACAGACUGACAGAACUGACACACGGACAGAUUAAUAGUUAGGAUAGAUAGAAAUAGGGAAGAAGAAGGGAGAGCAGGAGGAGGGAGAGAAACUAAAGCAAAUAUCUGGGAAGGAGUCAGGGGAUGGUGGGGAGUCUUCAUUUCAAAACUAACCAUGGUUAAUGGGGGAAGUGAAUGAGAAAGAGGAGAGUCAUAUCACUUUUGCAGCAAUUGGCUCCAGAGCGAGUAGGGACCACCAUGGAUGGGGACUAUGAUGACGAUGAUUUCUGGGAGACUGGGAUGUCACGGCAACUGAAGAGGAACGACAGUCAUGUUUCUGCAGGCAACAUCUAUGGAAAACUUGAUGGUAGUGGGGAUGUUGGUGCUGUUGAUGGGGGUACUGGACCUGGUGGUGGUGGUGGUGGUGGUGGUGGUGGUGAUGGUGGUGGUGGUAUCGUUAUGGAAGUGACAGCAGCAACAGCAUCUGAGCAAUCAGGUGCCACUGCGUUCCAGAAGAAGGCCAAGCUGCGCAAGUCAGUGAUGUUCAGUGAUGACACCUGGACCCUCAUGUCACCAACGGAGAGGCACAGCCCUGGCAAACACAGGGGGGAGGAGGAGGAGGGUGUUGAUACUGAGAUGGCAGCUUCUGGCUGGGCUGCUGUAACAACGACAACAACAUCAAUGACUGCGGUGACACCUUCUUCGGCUGGUUUGUCAGGAACUGGUAGAAAGAAGCGGGAAAUUAUGACAGGAAAAGCAGCUAGAGCUUCAAGUGACUUUGAUGGUGGUGGUAGUAGUCACAGUAUUAGUAGAAGCAACAGCAGCUGUAGUAGCAGUAGCAGUGGUAGUAGUAAUUAUAGUAGUAGCAAUAGUAGUAGUAGUAGUUGUAGUACUUGUCGGCACAGUAAUGGUAGUAGUGAUAGUGGAGGAGGUGGCGAUGGUGGUGAUGAUGACAAUAAUAAUGAUGACGAUGAUGACGACAAUCACAGUGAUGUUGAUGUUGAAGGUGGUGGCGAUGGUGAUGACAACAACUCCGAUAGGAGAGAUAUGAUCUUGGAGCUACAACGCCUCCAUCGACAGCAACAUUUGCCAAGGAGAAAGAAGACAAGUAGCAAGCAAGAGGAGGAGGAGGAAGAGGAGGAGGGGGAAGUGGAAGAUGAGGAGGGGACAACUAAGAGCAGUAGGAGUAAUAAUAGCAGUAGCAGUAGUAGACGGAUGAGGAGGAGAAGACACAGCAGUCAAAGUGGACGUCAGCAGCUGGAGGUGAAGCUUACAGUUGAUUCCCUCCUGGAGGAUCACUAUGGUCAGCUGGUCAAGCUCUGUUUAGAAGAGAUCAAAGUGGACAAUGAAGCCAGCCGGAGGCACAUCCACGCCCGACAGAUGGAGCAGUUGUAUAGCACAUACAUUGCUGUCGGUAACAGACAACUAGCUCUCACCCCAGUUGCUCUCUACCCACACGGCUGGCCCCAGUAUGUGACGCGCAGGCUCUUCUACCCACCUCCUUCAUCUGCCACACCCUCAAUGGUGCAGUGGGAACGCAGCAGACGAGGUGACAGUGGGAGCAGUAUUGCUGCAUUUUCAACAACUUGUUCCAGGAGUCUUGGAGAGAAUGAAAUUAGACAUGAAAGGAUGAACCAAAGGUUGCUGAAUGGUACUCGCAGAGUCCAGAACAACAGGAAAUUGUUUCGAGCCAAAACUACAGUUAGCCCCAAAAAGUCAUCAGCGAAUCCUUUUUUUACCUCAUCAUCUUCCAAAGGUAUCUUUGACCGACAGGAGAACAUUCCAAAAGCACCACCACCAACAGCAGCGGCAACAAUGCCAACACCGUCAGCAAUGUGUAAGAAAAAGCCAUCAGGCUCUUCGUCCACGUCAUCGUCUGGCGGAGGCAGUUUUGUCCAUCAGAAGAAGUUUCCACUGCAGACAGCAUCGGAGGAAAAUGCUGCAAACCAAACCUGUCGUAAUGUUGACAACUGUUUCCGACCAAACAACAGUAACCCGCAUAUCCUGAAAUGGUUGCAGAAGAAAGACAAAGACCUUUGGCAACAGAAACGAGAGAUGAAGGUGAGAAAGAAGCUGGAAACCGAGAACAGAAAACUGGAUGCGGCCUUCAAAGCAGAUCGUCAGCUCCGCUCGAGUGCAGCAUUUGAAGAGUGGAUGCAUUGCAAGGCCAAAGAGAAGAGCUCCAUUGACCUGUCACAGGAGCCAAAACAAAGCCCCAAACCCACAUGUGGGUUUCCGUUUAUGAGCAAGGAGCAGCAUGAGUGUGAGGGUGAUGAUGAUGUUGGUGUUCAAGAGCAGAAGUUGUCUGCUUCUCAGAAGAGUUCAGGUUUUGUUAAAGCAGGCAGAAGUUUGUUGGAUGAGACUGAAGAAUUUGUAAAUGAGAAUCUCCUGAGGAGGACAAACCUUCAGAAUUGGCAAAGAAAAAACCCAGUUUCCAACUUCACAUCAAGUCAAGCAGGAAUUGGGACAGAUGUUCCUCUUGAUAAGCCUGAGAGUUCAACAAGAUUUGCUGACUGUGGUGUUGAUAAAAAAAAAGAGGAACUUGAAAUAGCUAGCAAGACUGAGAAGCAUGAUGUAAAGAAAUCCAGUUUGAUGUUCCAACGACCAGAUGAGGACAAUGAAAGAAACCAGGGAAAAGAGCAAAGUUUCUAUGGGAAGUCAGAAUCACAGUCAUCCUCACCUCCAACUCCACUGCCACUGGUAACGAAGAAAUCAACCUCUAGACCUAAAACUGCCCAUGGACGCCGGUCAAGGUGCUCUGCAGCAACAAACAGAGAUAAAUGUCUUGUAUCCCCUCAACCCAUGCCACUUCCAUCUCUAUAGACACCAGUUGUCUAACUUGAAUCCACAGAUAUACAAGAAAUUCUUGUCCUAUCCCCAUCUAUCUAUGCCACUUUGAACACUAUAGACACAAGCUGUCUAACCCAAAUGCACAGAUUCAUAAAAGAUACAUAUUUCACCUAUGUGGCUCCCCCCAUCUCCAUAAGCACAAGUUAUCUAACAUGAAUGUCCAGACAUGAAAGAAAUGAAUGUCCUGUGUCCCCACCUGUCUGUAGCACUUCUAAUACUAGAGACACAAGUUGUUUAACCUGAAUAUCUCAAUAUGUAAGAAAGAGAUGUUCUGUGUCCCUCUUUACCUAUAUCAUUUCCAUCUCUCUAGACACAAGUUGUGUAACCUGAAUGUACAGAGAUGUAAGAGAGGAGUAUUAUGCAUCAAUCUUGCAGCUAAUACUUUCCUCAUUAUAGAUAUAUAUACUAUUUUGAAAUCUGGACACACAUAUAUGUAACAGCCAAAACUGUUGCAUCACAAACACAAGGAUUCCUCUGCAGUCUGCAGAACUGGUAAACAAUUCAACUAGGAUCAGAUGUUUGUUCUCUUUAAAGCCUCAAAAAACAAAAACAAAAACAAAAAAAAAGUGUAAAGAAGAAAAUUAGUUCUCUGUUGAUUAUGACGACGAUUAGUUCCAGCUGAUCUGAUUUACAGAACAGCCUGCUUGUGAAAUUAACAUGCAAAUGGCUGAGCACUCCACAGACAUGCGUACCUUUAAUGCAAUUCCAGGAAGGUUUAGUGUGAUAAGGCUGGCCCUUUGGAAUACAGGUACAACUCAUUUUUGCCAGCUGAGUGUGGACUGGAGCAACAUGAAAUAAAGGGUCUUGCUCAAGGACACACAAAAACUAGCACACCAUCGGUUACAGCAAUGAGUAUUUCAGUUGAUCAACAGAACAGCUUGCUUGUGAAAUCAAUGUGUAAGUGGCUGAGUAAUCCACAGACAUGCAUACCCUUAACAUAGUUCUCUGGGAGAUCUGGUGUGACACUGUGUGACAAGGCUGGCCCUUUGAACUGCAGGUACAACUCAUUUUUACCAGUCAAGUUGAUUGGAACAAAAUAAUAGAAAGCGUUACUCAAGGACACAAAACUGUUGGAAAUUGAGCUCACUACAUCAUGAUCCUGAGCCAAACACCCUAACCACUAAGCCACUUCAUAAACUUCCAAUGACAGUUACAAUGGAUCACAUAAAGUUGUAGUCACUCAUUAUAAACUCACUAUAGUCCUCCACUCUACCAUUACAGCUGCUGACAAUCUACAGACAUCCAAGGUCACAUCUAGAGAGACUUGUAAGAGGCGAUUGUGCUGGGACCUUCAUCUACAAGAAUAGGAAGUCCUUCCACUAAAUUCCCUGUACUUAUAUAUUGGUGAAUCUAUUUAAUCUUUUCUCUUAUAUUAAUUUAUUCAUUAGGUUCUGAUGAAAUGAUCAUGUGGUUUAUGUUACAUAAUCAAUAUUACAUAAUCAUUGCUUGCAUUCAUGAUUUUCCAAGUUGUUAAAAUGAUUUGAUUCAUGUUGUUGAAACGGCUGUAACCAAGAAAUAAAUGUGAUGCCAGUA